AUGAAUUAUCCGCCUAAAGAAAAAGAUCCUGGAUGUUUAACAAUACCAUGUGUCCUGAAUGGAUGUGAUAUAGGGGAAGCUAUGAUAGAUUCAGGAGCCAGCAUCAAUAUGCUGCCUAAGAAAUUUGUAACAAAAUACAAAGGGAUGGUGUUGAAGCCAUCUAAUGUUACUGUAACAAUGGCAGAUGGAUCUAUAAUUGAACCACUGGGUAUGGUGAAGAAUGUUGUUGUGCGAGUGGAGCAGCUGGAGCUCUUAGUCAACUUUAUUGUCAUGAAUGUGGAAAAUGAGGAAAAGAUCCCUGUGAUUUUGGGGAGACCCUUCAUGGCAACAUAA